ACCCUCUCCCGCAGCCAGCAGGACCUGGCGUGGUAGUUUUCACCUCUGCAGCGAGUGGGGUCAGUGGGAAAUGUAGCUCGUUAAGCAGGGAGAGGACAAGACAAGUUGAGCCUCCUUGUAGGUGGCAUGGUACAGCGGACGGCAUGCUCCGGAACCAGGCUGCCGGCUUAAAGCCUUGCUCCAGCAUCCUCUGGCCAUGAGAUGUGGCUUCAAAAUUCAGCAGCUCUAAGUUUCCUCCCCUAAGAAGAGGAGAAAGCAGGAGGACCAGGCUCAUGGAUCUGUGUACAUGAAAUGACAGUUAAGUGUUCAGUUCAGGGGUUUAGCUGCCUAACCCUUAAUAAGUCCUCUGGAAAGGUCAUUUACUGCAAAUACAGGAUCAAUGGGCACCUAACUGGAGGGAACUCAUUAUUCAACCCUGUGUACAGGGGCAAACCCCUCUGCAGCCUCUCACCAGGCAGCUUUCCAGAUUCUGUUUUGCCAUUCCACUGGAGGAAGUGAUUCCUCUAGAACAUUCUUUGUCUGGGAUUCCAAAGGCAGGAAGCCCCUGUUUCCAUUGUGGGGACUCUCCUUGUUUAAAAGCUCAUUGUUGGUCUGAGCCCCAAGCAGCUUCCUGUAAUGACCACCCUUGGUCCUGGUUUCCCUUCCUAGAGGUGCGCGGGACAGGCUCAAGCUCCCCCACACAGGUCGUUCUCCAGAAUCCAAGCCCAGAAGCGCUUUCUUUUUUAUUUUCCUUGGACAUAGUUCCUGCUUUGCCACCCAUUCCUACUUCGGCAGGUUUGGGUUCUCUUCACACCACCCCAUCCCCUGCUGACCCCUUCCUCCAGAGCCAGCUACAGUGCCUGGUGCUUAGAUCUUGGGGUGCACACCUUGAGUUCUUCGCUUCCAACAGCCCUUUCCCUGGGCUCCUGCUCUGGCGCUGUCUGGGUCUUGGGCUGUUUCCAUCCCAAGUCCUCUGUGGAGCUGGGAUCCUUCAUUUCUGUCAUUCUUCUUCCUGAUGGUCUAGUCCUACACUGUCCUAUACAGUAGCCGCUAGCCACAUGUAGCUUUUCAAGCAUUUGAAAUUGGUUAAUGGUAGAGAUGGGGUCUCACUAUAAAAAAUUAAAUUUAAAAAUUUAGUAAUACAAUUCCCAAGGACUAAAUUUGGUGGGGUGGGUUGGGGACAGAGUCUCACUCUGUCGCCCAGGCUGGAGUGCAGUGGUGCGACCUCAGCUCAUUGCAACCUCUGCCUCCUGGGUGCAAAUGGUUCUCGUGCCUCAGCCUCCUGAGUAGCUGGGAUUACAGGCAUGCACCACCACAGCCAGCUAAUUUUUAUAUUUUUAGUAGAGAUGGGGUUUCACAUGUUGGUCAGGCUGGCCUCAAACUCCUGAGCUCAGGUGAUCCACCAGCCUCAGCCUCCCAAUGUGCUGAAAUUACAGGUGUCAGCCACCACGCCUGGCCUUAAGUUUUUAAUUUUAUUUGAUUUUGAUUAUCUUAUAUUUAAAUUUGAAAACUAAUACUGGAUUCCGUUUUUUUUUUUUUUAACUUUUAAGUAGGUUUAGAACAACUUAGAUGUGUGAUCUUAUUUUUUUUCAACUGUAAAUUUUGUGAUGAAGUAUUUCUCAUAAGAAUUUAGAGUCCCAGGCCGGGCGCGGUGGCUCAAGCCUGUAAUCCCAGCACUUUGGGAGGCCGAGGCGGGUGGAUCACGAGGUCAAGAGAUCGAUACCAUCCUGGUCAACAUGAUGAAACCCUAUCUCUACUAAAAAUACAAAAAAUUAGCUGGGCAUGGUGGCAUGUGCCUGUAAUUCCAGCUACUCAGGAGGCUGAGGCAGGAGAAUUGCCUGAACCCAGGAGGCGGAGAUUGCGGUGAGCCGAGAUCGUGCCAUUGCACUCCAGCCUGGGUAACAAAAGCGAAACUCCAUCUAAAAAAAAAAUAAAUAAAUAAUUUUGAGUCCCAAGUGAGAUGUGCUAUAAAGUACCUACCAUUUUAAAGACUUAGUACAAACAAAAUAAUGUAAAAUAUCUCAUUAACAAUUCUUAUAUGCUCACUGUUCUGAAAUGAUAAUGAUUAUGUUUGAGAUAUAUUGGAUUAAAAAUAUAUUAGAGCUUGUAAUCCCAGCACUUUGGGAGGCCAAGGCUGGAGGAUCACUUGAGGUCGGGAGUUUGAGACCAGCCUGGCCAACAUGGUGAAACCCAGUCUCUGCAAAAAAAACAAAAAUUAGCUGGGUGUGGUGGCAGGCACCUGUAAUCUCAGCUACUCAGGAGGCUGAGGUAGGAAGAUCGCUUGAAACUGGGAGGUAAAGGUUGCAGUGAGCUGAGAUCAUGCCACCACACUCCAUCUCAAAAAAAAAAAAAUACACACACGAGCUAAUUUUGCCUCUUUCUUUUUUCGAGACUGAGUUUUCUUCUGUCACCCUGGCUAUAUUGCAGUGGCAUAAUCAAGCUCACAGCAACCUCCAUCUCCCUAGCUCAAGCCAUCCUCCUGCCUCAGCCUCCUGAGUAGCUGAGACCACAGGAAUGCACCACCACAUCCAAAUAACGUUGUUGUUUUUUUUGAGACGGAGUCUUGUUUUGUCACCCAGGCUGGAGUGCAGUAGUGUGAUCUCAGCUCACUGCAACCUCUACCUCUCAGGUUCAAGCAAUUCUCCUGCCUCAGCCUCCCGAGUAGCUGGGUUUACAGGCAUCCGCCACCACACCCAGCUGAUUUUUGUAUUUUUGAUAGAGACGGGGUUUCACCAUGUUGGCCACACUGGUCUUGAACUCCUGAUCUCUGGUGAUAUGCCUGCCUCAGUCUCCUAAAGUGCUGGGAUUACAGACUUGAGCCACCAUGCCUGGCCAUUUUAAAAUUACUAUUAUUUGUUGUAGAGACAAGGUCUCACUAUGUUGCCCAGGCUGGUCUCGAACUUCUGGACUCAAGCGACCAUCCCACCUUGGCCUCCCAAAGUACUGGGAUUACAGAUGUGAGCCACCGCACCUAGCCCUGUAUCAUUUUUUAGUGGUGAGGUCUCACUCUGUCGCCCGGCCUGGAGUGCACUGGCAUGAUCAUAGGUCACUGCAGCCUCCCACUCCCUGGCUCAAGCAAUCCUCCUGCCUCAGACCCUUGAGUAGCUAGGACUAUAAGCAGAUGCUAACCAGCUGAACUAAUUUUUUUUUAAAUAUGGAGUCUUGCUCUGUCGCUCAGACUGCUGCCUCCACCUCCUGGGUUCAAGAUGUUCUCCUGCCUCAGCCUCCUGAGUAGCUGGGACUACAGGUGGGUGCCACCACGCCUGGCUAAUUUUUGUUUGUUUGUUUGUUUUCAGUAGAGAUGGGGUUACACCAUGUUGGCCAGGCUGGUCUUGAACUCCUGACCUCAAGUGAUUUCACCUCCCAAAGUGCUAGGAUUACAUGAGUGAGCCACCACGCCCAGCCUCAACUAAUUUUUAAAAUUAUUUUCUGUAGAAAUGAGGUCUCACUAUGUUGCCCAGGCUGGACUCAGACUCUUGGUCUUGAGCUGUCCUCCUAUCUUGGCCUCUCAAAAUGUUGCGAUUAUAGGCCUGAGCCACAGCACCUAGUCCACUUGUUUCUUUUUACAUUUUUUUGAUGCAAUAUUAGAAAUUUAAAAUGACAUCUAUUUCUCAUGGAGAAUGCUGGUUUAAACCUUGCUACUGUUCAGUGUGGUCUAGAAACCAGCAGCAUCGGCAUCCCCCUGUGGGAACUGCAAAGUCUCCGUCCCCAGAGAGGCCAAGUCAGAGCCUGGACUGGCUUAGGGCCCACCCUAAUGACGUCAUUUUAACUUAAUUACCUAAAAUUACUUAAUUUUUAGCCAGAACAGUGGCACAUCUCUGUAGUCUCAGCUACUGGGGAGGCUGAGGAAGGAGGAUCUCUUGAGUCCAGCCAUUCGAGGCUGUAGUGAGCUAUGAUUGCACCUUUGAACAUCCACUACACUCCAGCCUGGGCAACACAUUGAGACCCUGGCCCAAAUAAAUAAAUAAUUUUAAUGGAGUUUACCAGGUCUAAUAAUUCCUAUGCAUAUAAAAGUUUGAAAAGCACUGCCCUGGAGAAUGUCUACCCUUUCGCUGUUCCUGGCUGUGCCCAGCAGAGUGGCUUCCUGACCUGUCACUUUCACCAGCCGGGAGGUGUGGUGAGGAGUCAGACCUUGGAUUGCCCUCACCCACCAUCCUCUUCCUCUCUGGGACAGGCAAGUGAGGCUGGGUUGUGAGUGGAGGCAGAGAGGGAGGGUCUGGCCUUGCCUAGUACGAGCCACUGACCCUCUUAGGCCUCAAUUAUUUCAUCUGUAAGAUGUCACAUGGGCCAAAUGGCAUAUGGCAUCUGUCCACUCCCCACCCAUCCAAUUCCUACGUGGAAGCCCUAACUCCCAGACCUCAGAAUGUGACUGUUAUUCACAGAUUGUGUCUCUAAAGAGGCAAUUAAGUUAGAAUAGGGUCAUUAGGGUGGCUCUAAUUCAAUAAGGUUGGUAUCCUUAUAAGAAGAGGAAGUUUGGGCUGGGCGCGGUGGCUCACGCCUAUAAUCCCAGCACUUUGGGAGGCCGAGACGAGUGGAUCACGAGGUCAAGAAAUCAAGACCAUCCUGGUCAACAAGGUGAAACCCCAUCUCUACUAAAAAUAAAAAAAUUAGCUGGGCAUGGUGGUGUGUACCUGUAGUCCCAGCUACUCGGGAGGCUGAGGCAGGAGAACUGCUUGAACCCAGGAGGCGGAGGUUGCAGGGAGCCAAGAUCGUGCCAUUGCACUCCAGUCUGGGUAACAAAAGCGAAACUCCAUCUCAAAAAAAAAAAAAAGAAGAGGAAGUUUGGACACAGUUACAGUGGGAAGACCAUGGGAAGACACAGGGAGAAGAUGGCACCUUACAAGCCAAGGAAAAAGGUCACAGAGGAAACCGAUUCUACAGAGGAAGUCCUUGAUCUCGGACUUUCAGCUUCCAGAGCUAAGAGAAAAAAAUGAAUUUCUGUUGUGGAAGCUGCACGGCCCACAGUACUUUGUGAUGGCAGCCAUAGCACACGAAUAUAGAUGGGAGGAUGGAUUUUUCCCAGGUACUUCAUAGAGUGCGAGGCUCCUUGGAGAUCAUGAGAAUGGGAGCCCAGGCUGCCCCAUGGGAAGUAACCAUGAGGGCUCAGAAGAGGCUGGGUGAUGGGUGCUGGGUGAUGGGUGAUGGACUCCAUGAAAAACACUCCUGCCCACCAGGAACCCUCUCAAGUGAAUGGCCCAGCCCUAAUAGGAGCAGGCUGCACGGAGCUUUGCAGGAUGCUAGCCGGCCGUGAGAGCAUUCUGGGGGAGCAGCGCUUUCUGCAGCAUGAUCUUCUGCUCGAAGCCCUUCUAGAGCCUCUAAUCUUCCCUCCUCCAUCCCCAAGAGUCACGCUCACAUUCAGCUCCCCUGAUGGAACAAUAGUGCCACUGUGAGAGCACUGCCGUCACUGGCCCAGACACCUGUACUGGCCACAUCAGCAGACAACCGUGGACUUCCUGGAUGCUGCCCUCUGCCCGGCUGAAGGCUAGGAGGGAGAUGACUCACAUCUGUGGGUUCCUCACCAGUGUUACCUCAGAGAGUAUAAUCCCCUUUUUCACAGACUAGGAUACUGAGAGUCCGGGAGUCAAGGGGCUUUCCCAAAGCCACACAAGCUGGUUAGAAAUAGAGUCUCAGGGGGGACAGGCCCCGUGACUCAUGCCUGUAAUCCCAGCACUUUGGGAGGCCAAGGUGGGCGGAUCACCUGAGGUCAAGAGUUCAAGACCAGCCUAACCAACAUGGAGAAACCCUGUCUCUACUAAAAAUACAAAAUUAGCUGGGGAUGGUGGCAUAUGCCUAUAACAAGCACCCUGACAAAUCAUAUAGUUCAGCUCCUCGCCAGUACCUCCUUCUCUUCCCCUGACAUGGGUGGGCCUUUCUUUGUGGAAUGAGCAAUACCUCCUGGAGGGAGGGAACUUUUUAGAGCAUGGGAGAGGCUGCGAGCCCCAGGGGUCAGAGACCCUGCUUACUUGCUCUCGUUAAUACAGCGCAAUUAUAAGGAAAGUGCAGAAUGUUCCCAGACUUGGGUUUUCCUGCUUCUCAAAGGAAGGGCUGAGGCCUGGGAUUCCAUAAGGUCCUCCCUAGCCCAGGAUAAUUGCUACUGACCAAAGAAGGGAUUUUGGACCAAACUCUUGCCCACUGGAACUGCUCCCAGGGAGGGUCAAGUAAUGUCACCUUCCCCAGGAGCCAGGGGCAGGUGUGAGGUCCCUGGGCAGACACCCCUGUGUUGAUCUUGCUUUUUGAGGAGGGACAGCCUUGUGUGUUGAAUGCUGAAACGUCUUUAGAAUGGCUGACACCUCUACUUCUUUUUUUUUUUUUUUUUUUUUGAGAGAAUUUCGCUCUUGUUGCCUAGGCUGGAGUGCAAUGGUAUAAUCCCAGCUCACCACAACCUCCACCUCCCGGCUUCAAGUGAUUCUCCUGCCUCAGACUCCCAGGUAGCUGGGGUUACAAGUGCCCACCACCACGCCCGGCUAAUUUUUGUAUUUUUAGUAGAGAUGGGGUUUCACCAUGUUGGCCAUGCUGGUCUUGAACUCCCGACCUCGGGUGAUCCACCAGCCUCGGCCUCCCAAGGUGCUGGGAUUAUGGGUGAGAGCCGCCACGCCCAGCCUCAAGAAGCCUUCUUCUUCCUAUUUUAUCAUUCUUUCCCUUCCUCUCCCCUACAUUCUUUCAACCAGCUUUUAUUGAGUAGCUAUUAUAUGUUAGGCACUGUGCAUCCAGAAAGAAAUAAAAUACUACCUCUGCCUUAAGCAGCUCACAGUGUAGAAGGGGAGAGCCAUACACAAAAUAAUUAUAAAAUAGGGCAAGCAGUAUGACAAGACAAAGCUUCUGGAAUGAUCCAUGUGAUAAUGCCAAAAAAUGCUCCACAAAAAUGGGGAGUUGCUCUUUGGUUAAGUUUGAUUUGAGAAAUGUUACAAAUUAUAUGGGAAGUUAUUAAUGAACGUGAGCAAUGCAAAGGCUCUGAGAAGUCCUGCAGCAAAGCAAUCUAGCAGUUUAGGCUGGGCACAGUGGCUCACACCUUUAAUCCCAGCACUUUGAGGGGCUGUGAUGGGAGGACUGACAGCCUAGGAGUUUCAGACCAGCCUGGUCAACAUAGUGAGACCCUCUCUUUAAAAAAAUAAAAUAGGCCGGGCGUGGUAGCUCACGCCUGUAAUCCCAGCACUUUGGGAGGCCGAGGCGGGUGGAUCACCAGGUCAAGAGAUCGAGACCAUCCUGGUCAACAUGGUGAAACCCCGUCUCUACUAAAAAUACAAAAAAUUAGCUGGGCAUAGUGGUGCGUGCCUGUAAUCCCAGCUACUCAGGAGGCUGAGGCAGGAGAAUUGCCUGAACCCAGGAGGCGGAGGUUGCGGUGAGCCGAGAUCGUGCCAUUGCACUCCAGCCUGGGUAACAAGAGCGAAACUCCAUCUCAAAAAAAAAUAAAUAAAAUAAAUAAAAAAAAAUAAAAAAUAACUCAAUGUCAUGACUUGCACCUAUGGUCCCAGCAACUUAGAGGUCGAGGCAGAGGAUUGCUUGAGCCUAGGAGGUCAAGGCUGCAGUGAAUUAUUUUCUGGCCUCUGCACUCUAGCAUGGGUGACAAAGUGAGACCGUCUCUCAAGAAAACAAACAAAACACCUGCUGAACUCAGCAUUUCCCAAAUUUCUGAGCCAGCACAACCCUUUCACCAACAACCUCUGAGGAUGCUUGGGAACUGCUGUAAUAGCUGUGGUCUGUGUAAAGAACACAGGAGGAGCUUGGAGGGGGAAGAUCGCUCUGCUGGGGGCAAUGAAGAAGGAUUUUCUGAAGAAAGUGGUUUUCAAACUAAGAAAAGAGCAAGAGAUUCACCAGGGAGAUGAUGUGGGGAAAUGGAGUAGGUGUCCCUGAAAAGGACUCCCAGGCAGUAAGCAGCACAUGUUAAAAAUAUGGAAAAGCAGGAGUUUGGCUUGUUUGGAGAAUUGCAACUAAGUAUUCGUCUAGUUGGAGCAGAGGGUUUGGGUAGGAGAUGAGAGAAAAGAUGAAGGCAGUGGCUGGAUCCCUUAGGCCCUAAGAUGCUAUAUUCCACAAUUCAAAGAAUUCAGUUUCAAUGUAAAUAUAAAAUAAUAUUUGUUGAGCACCUACUGUGUACCAGGAUCUGUGCCUGGUACUGGGGAAAUGUUGAUUUGUAAGACAUGUACUCUGCCUUUGCUCCUUACAAUCUAGCAGGGAAUGUAGACAAGAAAACCAGGACAGCAUUGUUCACAGAAGGGAGUGCCAAGUGCGUAGGGAGGUCAAGAAGGGAUUAAACAUGUCCACAGGAUUUAAAAACAAGAAGGCGGCCGGCGCGGUGGCUCACGCCUGUAAUCCCAACACUUUGGGAGGCCAAGGCCGGCGGAUCACCUGAGGUCAGGACUGCAAGACCAGCCAGGCCAACAUGGUGAAACCCCGUCUCUACUGAAGUUACAAAAAUUAGCUAGGUGUGAUGGUGCACACCUGUAGUCCCAGCUACUUGGGAGGCUGAGGCAGGAGAAUAGCUUGAACCUGGGAGGCAGAGGUUGCAGUGAGCCGAGAUCACGGCACGGCACUCCCGCCUGGGCAACAAGAGCAAGACUCAAACAAACACACAAACAAGACCAAGAAGGAUGCCAUGGUCCUGGGCCACUGCUGUUUUGGUGAAUUAUCAGAGGGAAGAGAAGGGCAGAGGAAUGAAGAGGAGAUACAGAAAUGCAGAGAAAGACAAUACAUGGCUCCUUCGAGAAAUCUGGCUGAAAGCAGUUCUGUGAUAUGAGCAGUAAUGGACCAGAAGAUUUUAUCUCUAGCAGCAGAAAAGACAGCAGACAAACUGCAGGAAUUUCUUCAGACUCUGAAAGAAGAUGACUUGACUAAUCUCCUUCAGAAUCAAGCAGUGAAAGGAAAAGUUGCUGGAGCACUCCUGAGAGCCAUCUUCAAAGGUUCCCCCUGCUCUGAGGAAGCUGGAACACUUAGGAGACAUAAGAUAUACACUUACUGUAUCCAGUUGGUGGAAUCAGGGGACUUGCAGAAAGAAACAGCAUCUGAAAUCGUAGGAUUGCUGAUGCUGGAGGCUCACCAUUUUCCAGCACCGUUAUUGGUUGAAAUAGCCAAUGAGUUUAUUAGUGCUGUCAGAGAAGGCAGCCUAGUGAAUGGAAAAUCUUUGGAGUUACUGCCUAUCAUUCUCACUGCCCUGGCAACCAAAAAGGAAAAUCUGGCUAAUGGAAAAGGUGUACUGAGUGGGGAAGAAUCUAAGAAGCAGUUGAUUAACACCUUGUGUUCUGGCAGGUGGGAUCAGCAGUACGUAAUCCAACUCACCUCCAUGUUCAAGGAUGUCCCUCUGAGUGCAGAAGAGGUGGAAUUUGUGGUGGAAAAAGCGUUGAGCAUGUUCUCCAAGAUGAAUCUUCAAGAAAUACCACCUUUGGUCUAUCAGCUUCUGGUUCUCUCCUCAAAGGGAGGCAGAAAAAGUGUUUUGGAAGGAAUCACAGCCUUCUUCAAUGCAGUAGAUAAGCAGCACAAUGAGGAUCAGAGUGGUGAUGAGCUAUUGGAUGUUGUUACUGUGCCAUCAGGUGAACUUCGUCAUGUGGAAGGUACCAUUAUUCUACACAUUGUGUUUGCCAUCAAAUUGGACUAUGAACUAGGCAGAGAACUCCUGAAACAGUUAAAGGCAGGACAGCAAGGAGAUUCCAGUAAUAACUUAAGUCCUUUCAGCAUUGCUCUUCUUCUCUCUGUGACAAGAAUACAAAGAUUUCAGGAACAGGUGCUUGAUUUUUUAAAGACUUCGGUUGUUAAGAGCUUUAAGGAUCUUCAGCUCCUCCAAGGCUCAAAAUUUCUUCAGAAUCUAGUUCCUCAUAGAGCCUGUGUUUCAACCAUGAUCUUGGAGGUGGUGAAGAAUAGUGUUCAUAGUUGGGACCAUGUUACUCAGGGCCUGGUAGAACUUGGUUUCCUUUUAAUGGAUUCAUAUGGGCCAAAGAAGGUUCUUGAUGGAAAAGCUAUUGAAACCAGCCUGGGUCUUUCUAAAAUGCCAAACCAGCAUGCGUGUAAGCUCGGAGCUAAUAUCCUGUUGGAAACUUUUAAGAUCCAUGAGAUGGUCAGACAAGAAAUUCUGGAGCAGGUCCUCAACAGGGUUGUUACCAGAGCAUCUUCUCCCAUCAGUCAUUUCUUAGACCUGCUUUCAAAUAUCGUCAUGUAUGCACCCUUAGUUCUUCAAAGUUGUUCUUCUAAAGUCACGGAAGCUUUUGACUAUUUGUCCUUUCUGCCCCUUCAGACUGUACAAAGGCUGCUUAAAGCAGUGCAGCCCCUUCUCAAAGUCAGCAUGUCAAUGAGAGAUUCCUUGAUACUUGUCCUUCGGAAAGCUAUGUUUGCCAACCAGCUUGAUGCCCGAAAAUCUGCAGUUGCUGGGUUUUUGCUGCUCCUGAAGAACUUUAAAGUUUUAGGCAGCCUGUCAUCCUCUCAGUGCAGUCAGUCUCUUAGUGUCAGUCAGGUUCAUGUGGAUGUUCAUGGCCAUUAUAAUUCUGUCGCCAAUGAAACUUUUUGCCUCGAGAUCAUGGAUAGUUUGAGGAGAUGCUUAAGCCAGCAAGCUGAUGUUCGACUCAUGCUUUAUGAGGGUUUUUAUGAUGUUCUUCGAAGGAACUCUCAGCUGGCUAAUUCAAUCAUGCAAACUCUCCUCUCACAGUUAAAACAGUUCUAUGAGCCAAAACCUGAUCUGUUGCCUCCUCUGAAAUUAGAAGCUUGUAUUCUGGCCCAAGGAGAUAAGAUCUCUCUACAAGAACCACUGGAUUAUCUGCUUUGUUGUAUUCAGCAUUGUUUGGCCUGGUAUAAGAAUACAGUGAUACCCUUACAGCAGGGAGAAGAGGAGGAGGAGGAGAAGGAGGAGGAGGAGGAGGAGGAGGAAGAGGGAUUCUACCAAGACCUAGAUGACAUAUUGGAGUCCAUUACCAAUAGAAUGAUUAAGAGUGAGCUAGAAGACUUUGAACUGGAUAAAUCAGCAGAUUUUUCUCAGAGCACCAGUAUUGGCAUAAAAAAUAAUAUCUGUGCCUUUCUUGUGAUGGGAGUUUGUGAGGUUUUAAUUGAAUAUAAUUUCUCCAUAAGUAAUUUCAGUAAGAAUAAGUGUGAGAACAUUCUGAGCUUAUUUAUGUGUUACAAGAAACUCUCUGACAUCCUUAAUGAAAAAGCCGGUAAAGGCAAAACAAAAAUGGCCAACAAGACAAAUGAUAGUUUCUUGUCCAUGAAAUGUGUGUCCAGUCUUCUCACUGCUCUGUUCAGGGAUAGUACCCAAAGCCACCAAGAAAGCCUUUCUGUUCUCAGGUCCAGCAAUGAGUUUAUGCGCUAUGCAGUGAAUGUAGCUCUGCAGAAAGUGCAGCAGCUGAAGGAAACGGGGCAUAUGAGUGGCCCUGAUGGCCAAAACCCAGACAAGGUUUUUCAGAGCCUCUGUGACAUAACUCGGGUCUUGCUUUGGAGAUACACUUCAAUUCCUACUUCAGUGGAAGAGUCGGGAAAGAAAGAGAAAGGAAAGAGCAUCUCACUGCUGUGCUUGGAGGGUUUACAGAAAAUAUUCAGUGCCGUGCAGCAGUUCUAUCAGCCCAAGGUUCAGCAGUUUCUCAGAGCUCUGGAUGUCACAGAUAAGGCAGGAGAAGAGAGAGAAGAUGCAGACGUCAGUGUCACUCAGAGAACAGCGUUCCAGAUCCGGCAGUUUCAGCGGUCCUUGUUGAAUUUGCUCAGCGGCCAGGAGGAAGAUUUUAAUAGCAAAGAAGCCGUCUUGCUAGUCACUGUUCUCACCAGCUUGUCCAAGCUCCUGGACCCCUCCUCUCCUCAGUUUUCGCAGAUGUUAUCCUGGACAUUGAAGAUUUGCAAGGAAAACAGCCGGGAGGAUGCCUUGUUUUGCAAGAGCUUGAUGAACUUGCUCUUCAGCCUGCAUGUUUUGUAUAAGAGCCCUGUCACUCUGCUGCGUGACUUGUCCCAGGAUAUCCAUGGACACCUGGGAGAUAUAGACCAGGACAUAGAGGUGGAGAAAACAAACCACUUUGCCAUAGUGAAUUUGAGAAUGGCUGCCCCUACUGUCUGUUUACUUGUUCUGAGUCAGGCAGAGAAGGUCCUAGAAGAAGUGGACUGGCUAAUCACCAAACUUAAGGGACAAGUGAGCCAAGAACCCUUAUCAGAAGAGGCCUCUUCUCAGGCAGUCCUAUCAAGUCAUCCUGUGGAGAAGGCCAUCAUCAUGCAGCUGGGAACUCUGCUUACAUUUUUCCACGAGCUGGUGCAGACAGCUCUGCCAUCAGGCAGCUGUGUGGACACCUUGUUAAAGGACUUGUGCAAAAUGUACACCACACUUACCGCACUUGUCAGAUAUUAUCUCCAGGUGUGUCGGAGCUCUGGAGGAAUUCCAAAAAAUACGGAAAAGCUGGUGAAGCUGUCUGGUUCUCAUCUGACCCCCCUGUGUUAUUCUUUCAUUUCUUACGUACAGAGAUUCAUGGCGUCCAUCUGCAUAUUAAAGGUGCUGAGACCAGCCAUGGUGGCGGAGAAUAAGAAGAGUAAAAGCCUGAACUAUACGGGAGAGAAAAAGGAGAAAACUGCUGCCGUUGCCACAGCCAUGGCCAGAGUUCUUCGGGAAACCAAGCCAAUCCCUAACCUCAUCUUCGCCAUUGAACAGUAUGAAAAAUUUCUCAUCCACCUUUCUAAGAAGUCCAAGGUGAACCUGAUGCAGCACAUGAAGCUCAGCACCUCACGAGACUUCAAGAUCAAAGGAAACAUCCUAGACAUGGUUCUUCGAGAGGAAGGCGAAGACAAAAACGAAGAGCACCUACGGUUUUCAUCUGAGUCUUGUCUAAUAAGUCGCAUAUCAGUGACCCACUCCCAUUUCUGAAUUGGAAGUUUACAUACAAAUGCCCUGGAUUUCUGGCUUCUCAAGGAUUUGGAACAUGCCUCCUUCAGAUGAUUACACUCCAGGCUCCCAUCCACUCCUUUACCCACUUGGCAGCAGCACUCAG